ACGUAGAGAGCACUGUUGGAGCAACUUUUCCCCAUUCUACUCCCUAUAUUUAGUCUAGGACAUGAGAUAGGGAGCUAUUUGGGGAGCAUCGUUGGAGCACUUGCUCAUUAUUCGGCUCCCUAUUUCUUAGGAUGAGAGAUUUGCUCCUCAGAUAUAGGGAAAACCUAAGAUUACUCCUGGAAAUGCUGUUAUGCGUGUAAAAAGUAUCUUGAUUCAUGUCAAUAACUAGCUUGUUGUUGUAUUCAAUGCUUGAAGAUGCAAGCUGCUGUGUGCUUCAAACCCCACGGAGGAAGUGGGCAGCUUUCAGUUCCCCAACAAGCCCAAGCUAGUUUGCUCCCAUGGUGGAUCGGAGGUCAAUCACUUUAUCAUGGAGAACCUUUCACCCAGUCGAAAUCGACCGCUGGAAAUUGCCUUAACGGAGAGGACCAAAUGGUUGGGCGGAGGCCGGCGAGUUCAGAUAGACAAGGUGGUGAUACUGCCAAGUUUUCGAUGACUCGAGACAACAAGGAUUCUGGAGGUCAGAAGACCCAGAAAAGUUCCACUACAAUCUCUCUGCCGUCGCCAUUUGAAUACCAAGGACACUUUGAAUUGGGACUGGGUCAGUCUACGGCUUGCUCAAAUUAUCCUUUUGUUGAUCAAUGCUAUGGCCUGUAUGCAACAUAUGGAGCUCAAGCUAUGCAUGGGCGUAUGCUUCUGCCACUGAAUAUGACAGCUGACAUACCAAUAUAUGUGAAUGCAAAGCAAUAUCACGGAAUUGUUCGGCGUCGACAGGCUCGUGCUAAAGCAGAGAUGGCAAACAAACUGAUUAAAGUUAGGAAGCCAUAUCUUCACGAGUCCCGUCACCGUCAUGCCAUGCGUCGCCCAAGGGGAAACGGGGGGCGCUUCCUAAACUCAAAGAAGGAUGAUAAUUCACACGAUGGAAAGAACACCAACAUCAAGGCUAGAGAGCAGCCACCUAUGAUAAUCUCCACAUCUCCAAGCUCCGAAGUCCUGCACUCUGACAGUGGAAACCUCAACUCUGCAAGCAGUGGCUCGAGCAACAAUGGAUCGGAGGUGACAAGCAUGUACUUCAUCAAUCAUUUUCGCCCGUCCAUUUACAUGAUGGACGGUGGCCUCCUUAAAGUUUGACUACUGAUCUUGGGGAUGACCAUUGAUUAUGGUAUUUGCUCUCAGAUAGCCAGUAUCAUAAUCCUGUGGGAAUCCCCAAGACUGAGACAACCAGAUGAAAGAAUGAGCUAUUUUGUCAGUUCCAUUCUGGCUAUAGUCAGUUCUUGGUUUGAGGGCUUGUCCGCACCGUCAUCUGGUUGUUUGAAGGCAAAUCAUUCUUGGCUUAUCUGCAUUCAGAGCUUUCAUUACUAUGAGAGCUCUUUGUGCAGAAAAAACUAGGGUUUCAACCCAUUACUAGUAUUGUGAGAAUAAGAAGCAAAACUUGUGCUCCUUUGCUUUCAUGUUUGGUGUUCAAGGGGUAGACCUUGUGCUAGGUAUUGUAUUGUUUUGUAUUUGCUAUUAGUAGCUUUGGGUGUGAAAACUUGUUCUGGCUUGUAAAAUUGCACGAAUCGUGUAAAUUUCUUCAGUGUUGUUUGUGAAAUUAUCUUACUUCAUUUCUUUGCUCUGCCA